UUUGUAGACGACGUCCACAGCCUAUUGCUCCAUAAGUAGCCAAGAGAUUGAACAACACUACAAAGCAAAUCCGCACGCUUCAGUAAACUUUAGGACCAUGAAGUUCAACUACACAUUAGAUUUUAUAGGCAUGAAACAGACCAAUCUAUGCACCGGAAAACAAAGGCCAGUAAAGCGAGCCCCGUUUUCAAUUUCUGCUUUCAGUUACAUCUGUGACAAUGGAUCUAUUCCUAUGCCGUCUCACUGGGAACACGUGAAUAACUCUGAGCCCUAUCAGCUCAUUCCAUUGAUCAAGUGUUGUAAUGAGUACAAUGAAGUGGCCAAUCUCUUUGGAGACUCCAUGGAUAAGAACCGGAUUGCAAAUAUUCUUAGGAUACAAAAUCUAGAUUUAUGGGAGUUUUACUGCAGAAAGAAAGCUCAGCUGAAGAAGAAGAAGGGUCUGUCUCAGAUUGCAGAAGAGAUGCUGUUUCACGGGACGAGUAAUGAGUUUGUUAAUGCCAUCUGUAUCCAUAACUUUGACUGGAGGAUUAAUGGGAUACAUGGAGCUGUGUAUGGGAAAGGUACAUAUUUCGCAAAGAACGCGUCCUUAUCAAGCCAGUACUGUAAAAACACGGGCAAGCACGGGCCAACGCUGAAACUGCACGGAGUCACCUCGGACUGCUUUCAGUUCUUCUCUAAGAAAUCCAUGUUUUUGGCUCGAGUCCUGGUGGGGGAACACGCCACUGGAGACAGCAAGUACAUCCGACCUCCAUCGAAGGAUGGCAGCCUCACGAACCUGUAUGACAGCUGUGUGGAUAACCCCUUCUCUCCGCUCAUUUACGUCAUAUUUGACAGCAAUCAGAUCUACCCGGAAUAUCUAAUACACUUCGAUUGACAUUAUGUUUUUUUUUUUUUGUGUUUAUUAUUAGACCAUAAUAGCCAAGAGGACUGAGACUAAAUCUACUGUGGAUGGGUAUCCAAUGCAAGUCUGAUGAUCCGGCACUCGGUAGUCUGGCACGCCACCCAGUCUGAGAGUGUUGUACCAUCAGGAUUGUGUCAUAUGGUGUCCAAUAUACAAAUCUAUGACUUUUUUUCUCCAGGACCCCCGCAGCUCCUAUUUGUGGCUAUCCAUAAGUCAUUUAAAGCGACAGUUCAGGACUUUGUGUGAUGCCAUUCUGCACAAAACCUUGCCUUCUGUGGAACUGAAAUCCGGUGGAUACAUUCACCUACUUGAAAACUUGGUAGCGCGGGAUUCUCUAGGAACAUUUUAUCAACAUUUCAUAUUUGUGCCCACACCCCUUGUGGUUCCCCAUUUCUUUGGAGGACUGUUUAUUGUGAUGACUGCUGUGCAAGUCAGUGAUUUAUUUUGUAUGUGUUUUACAGCAAGCACUGUAUGUCAUCCAGGCAGAGCUGUUCUGUGUUGUGUCCAAUGUCAUAGAAAAUAAUCUACAGGACGAAGCCUGUUAACAAUAAGGCCUUACAGGAAAGGCUGAUGAUGUAGCAGAGUUAAAUUUGUAUUGUAACUGCAUUAUUUUUGCAUCUUUGAUGUAGCAGAGAUGAAUUUGUUAUUUAAGUGCAUUUCUUUGCUGACUAAGGGUUUAGGUGCUUAGAACACCUAUUUUCAAAUACAGUACAAGGAAAUUCUGAGUUAUUA